UAUAUAAGACUCCCCGAGUCGCCGAAACAGACAUAAGCUGACUUACUUCCGAGAAGUACCAAGCAAUCCACAACCAAUCAACAUGUUCAAGCUGGCUAUCUUCGCUGCCAUCCUGGCUGUCGCCGUCGCCUUCCCCGGUGGUCUCACCGGCGUUGCCAUUGACGCCGGCCUCGGCCCGAUCCACGCUCCGCGAGUCGCGAUUGCCGCCGCCCCGCUGGCCCAUGCCGCUGUGAUUGCCCAGCCGAUUGCCCCAGUUGUCCAUACCCCCGCUGUCGUCACCAAGACCGUCCUGGCCGGACAUGGUCUUGGUCUCGCCCUCCACGGUUAGAUCUAGGAAACUCACCACCACCACCAACACCAACACCGACGACGCGGCCUUAGAAGAAACAAAAAGUACACCAUCCCUUACUUCCUCGUAAUGCGAAGGAAAGACCUCGAAGAAAGACAAAAUUCUGCACGCAGUCGUUCACCGAUUUUCGACUCUUCACCUUGUCGCCGUUUCUCCGUCGCGCGAAUCAUCAGGCCCACCACCAUCGAGCGCGGGAGAGCGGCAUCCAAAAAGGACCAAUGAGGACCCCCCACCCCCCCAACACUCCAAGCUGGAUCGGACAAAUCCCUUCGUUCCACGUUUGUCUUUUCUUUGUACUUCAUCGACCAAAUUUUCGGACUCUCACCCGGAUCAUUCCGCCAUCAUUCCGGAUUCCUACCCUCGUUCACAUGAAAUUUUAAUAAAAUUUUAAUUUUAAACCCAA